AUGGCGGGGCAAAUCCGGUGUCUGCUGCUCCCCUCUUCUUCUCCGCAGGAGAGGAAGAAAGAGGGCUCCUCCAAGCCACAGAUCCCUCCCUCGGUCCAGAACGCCGCCAUGGCCGCCAUCCUGUUCUCCGCCGUAUCCUCCUCCCCUGCCUUCGCCGUGGACGGCGGCGUUUCCCCUCCACCUCAACCAUCCCUUGCCUCCCCGCCGGUGAUCGAGGCCGAGGCAACGAAAUCCGCCGCUAACCCUUUCUCACAGACCCUCCUCACCGCCCCCAAACCGCAGUCAUCUGCCGCCGGCGAACUCCCGGAGGGCGCGCAGUGGCGCUACAGCGAGUUCCUCAACGCAGUGAAGAAGGGCAAGGUCGAGCGGGUUCGCUUCAGCAAGGACGGCGGCGUUCUCCAGCUCUCCGCCGUGGACGGCCGCCGCGCCACCGUCGUCGUCCCCAACGACCCAGAUCUCAUCGACAUCCUCGCCAUGAACGGGAUCGACAUCUCCGUCUCCGAGGGGGAAGCCGGCAAUGGGCUCUUCAACGUCAUCGGCAACCUCUUCUUCCCCGUCCUCGCCUUCGCGGGGCUCUUCUUGCUUUUCCGCCGAGCGCAGGGCGGCCCCGGCGGCGGCCCGGGGGGACUCGGCGGCGGCCCCAUGGAAUUCGGCCGAUCCAAGUCCAAGUUCCAGGAGGUGCCGGAGACCGGCGUCACUUUCGCCGACGUCGCCGGCGCCGACCAGGCCAAGCUUGAGCUCCAGGAGGUGGUUGACUUUCUGAAGAACCCCGACAAGUACACCGCUCUGGGGGCGAAGAUCCCCAAGGGCUGUCUCCUGGUGGGUCCUCCCGGAACUGGGAAGACGCUGCUGGCCCGUGCCGUCGCCGGCGAGGCAGGCGUCCCCUUCUUCUCCUGCGCCGCCUCCGAGUUCGUGGAGCUCUUCGUCGGUGUGGGAGCUUCCCGGGUCAGGGACCUCUUCGAGAAGGCCAAGUCCAAGGCCCCCUGCAUCGUCUUCAUCGACGAGAUCGACGCCGUCGGAAGGCAGCGGGGAGCGGGGCUCGGCGGCGGGAACGACGAGAGGGAGCAGACCAUCAACCAGCUUCUUACAGAGAUGGAUGGCUUCUCCGGGAACAGUGGAGUCAUCGUCCUGGCGGCGACCAACCGGCCCGAUGUUCUUGAUUCCGCGCUUCUGAGGCCGGGUAGAUUCGACCGGCAGGUCACCGUCGACAGGCCCGACGUCGCCGGCAGAGUCAAGAUCCUUCAGGUUGGGCUUCUCUCUCUCUUCUCUCCUCUCCUUCGUCCCCUGCCACCUGGUUCUUCUCCACCAUUGACUCCGCACUGCCUGCAGGUGCAUUCCAGGGGGAAGGCACUGGGGAAGGACGUUGACUUUGAGAAGAUCGCGAGGAGGACCCCCGGGUUCACCGGAGCCGACCUGCAGAACUUGAUGAACGAGGCGGCUAUCCUGGCCGCCAGGAGAGACCUCAAGGAGAUCAGCAAGGACGAGAUCUCCGACGCCCUGGAGAGGAUCAUCGCCGGGCCAGAGAAGAAGAACGCCGUCGUCUCAGAGGAGAAGAAGAAGCUGGUGGCCUACCACGGUAAUAAAAGCUCCUCCCUUCCUGUAUGCAGCUCCUGAAACCCUUCUCCUCUUCCUCAAUUGAAUCUCCUCGCCUGGUUUUGAUCUGCAGAAGCCGGGCACGCUCUGGUCGGCGCUCUCAUGCCGGAGUACGACCCCGUCGCCAAGAUCUCCAUCAUCCCCCGCGGGCAGGCAGGCGGGUUGACCUUCUUCGCCCCGAGCGAGGAGCGGCUGGAAUCCGGGCUCUACAGCCGGAGCUACCUGGAGAACCAGAUGGCCGUGGCGCUCGGCGGAAGGUCAGAACUCGGAGGAGAAUCCAUUCUUGUCAGUUCUUCUCGAAAACCAGGGAGAUCGAUCUCAAGAAAUCCAUGCAAUCCAUGGCUUGCAGGGUGGCGGAGGAGGUGAUCUUCGGGAACGAGAACGUCACCACGGGAGCUUCGAACGACUUCAUGCAGGUCUCCAGGGUGGCGCGGCAGAUGGUGGAGAGGUUCGGUUUCAGCAGGAAGAUCGGUCAGAUCGCCAUCGGAGGCCCCGGUGGAAACCCCUUCCUUGGCCAGCAGGUACCUUCUUCUUCUUCUUCUCCGGCGCUGUCGUCUUCUCCGCCAUUGCUGACUCUCCCGGCGCUGCAAAUCGCCGCCGCAGAUGUCGGCGCAGAAGGACUACUCCAUGGCGACGGCGGACAUCGUCGACGCGGAGGUCCGGGAGCUGGUGGAGACGGCCUACGCGCGGGCCAAGCACAUCAUCACCACCCACAUCGACAUCCUCCACAAGCUCGCCCAGCUCCUCAUCGAGAAGGAGACCGUCGACGGUGAGGAAUUCAUGAGCCUCUUCAUUGACGGAAAGGCGGAGCUCUACGUCGCAUAG